UUCUAAAACACCUGCAGAAAGACUGUAAAACACUCUGGUAGUCAAUUCGCCUCUGCCCUCCUCCCAGGCAGAAACUGCGACGCUCGCUGGUUAGUGACAGCCACUACCGCGCAGGUUUGGAAAGCUGCUUUUACUUCCUCCUCAGAGCAAGUCCAAAAUGAAUUCUAACUUGUUGAUCCUAACUUUUUGCUUAAAGAUCAUUGCAUGUCUUGCUGUAGAAUCCACAGGCUCCGUCACAGACAGAAGUAGAACAUUUGUCAGGAAAGAGGUAAAACAACCAUUUAACCCCAGAGUGAAAAGAGAUGUCGGCUCUACCAGUUCGUCAGCAGAGUUUUCCCCUUGCGUCUCACCUGUUUCAAUACAAGACUUCAAUAAAUUGAAACAAAACACCCACCAGCAUGCCUUUAUUGAUGAUGAUGGGUCCAGCGUUGUGCUGUCCUGGGUUGGUGAUGGAACAGGAAUCAUUCUGGUCAUGACUAUCUUCAAUGUACCAGUUACUUGGUUUUUUGACCAGGGUUCUUCACGACUGUAUAGAAGUGAGGACUCUGGGAAAACCUUUGAAGAUAUCUCCAAUGUCAUCAAGAACACCUACAUACGGAAAGAAUUUGGAAUCAAUGUGGGGCCAAGUAAUUCACAAAGGGUAAUUCUCACUGCUGAUGUGGCAUUGACUCGUGAGCAAGGAGGCAGAAUAUUUACAUCGCUUGAUUCUGGGAAAUCAUUUGAUUUUGUAGAUCUUCCUUUCCACCCUGGCCAGCCAAUUGUCUACCACUCUUCAAACCCAGACUACCUGCUUGUGUCCAGCAUAGACAACAUUUUGUGGCUAUCAGUGGAUUUUGGGAAACACUGGACUAAAAUACAUGAAAAUGUGCAGGCUUUUUCUUGGGGGCCUGGCAUCACAAUUUUUUUCAGCACACAUCCCAAUGAUACACUGGAUGCUGAUCAAAGGGGAGAGUUGCUCUUGAAAAGAACAGAAGACUUGGGCAGAACAUUUAGUACUGUCUCCAACAACAUGUUCUCAUUUGGAUAUAUUGGGCGCUUUCUCAUUACGUCGAUUGUGAAAAAACAGGGUGAACCCAGAGCUUUAUAUAUUUCUUCAGACCAGGGAGACACCUUCAAUCAAGCACAGUUACCCUCGGCUACAAAAGAACAGUUUUAUUCAGUGCUUGAAGCAGAUGAUGAUAUGAUUUUUAUGCAUGUGGAUGAACCAGGAGACACUGACUUUGGCAUGGUUUACACAUCUGAUGACCGUGGUGUCCUUUACUCAAAAUCACUGGAGCGUCACUUGUUUGCAGCCAGUGGAAAGAGUGACUUUACCAACGUAACCUCACUUCGUGGAGUUUAUCUUACCAACGUCCUCGAUCAAGAUGGCAGCAUUCGGUCUGUUAUAACCUACAACAGGGGAGGAGAGUGGAAUCCCUUAAACAAGCCAGCUGAUGUUAAAUGUGCAUCAGAUAGCAAGAGGUGCAGCCUUCACAUACAUGGGGAGUACAGCAUAUCUAAUCAGUUGGCUCCUAUGCUUCCGCUUUCUGAUCCAAGCGCUGUUGGUUUGAUAAUUGCACAUGGUAGCGUUGGAGACUCCAUCACAGCAGUAAAAUCCGAUGUUUACAUCUCUGAUGAUGGAGGGUAUAGCUGGAUGAAGACUCUGGAGGGCCCUCACCAUUACACCCUUCUAGAUUCUGGAGGACUCAUUGUAGCAGUGGAAUAUUACACAGACAUACCUAUCAAAACAGUCAAGUUUUCAACUGACGAAGGACAGUGUUGGCAGUUGUAUAAUUUCACAGAUAAACCAAUUAUCUUUGCUGGUCUGGCAUCAGAACCAGGGACCAAGACAAUGAACAUCAGCAUCUGGGGUUACAUGCCAGAGGCUGGUUACAAAGCCACAUGGGUUUCAGUCACCAUCGACUUUGAGCAGCUCCUGACAAGAGACUGUGAAGAUGAUGACUAUGUAAAUUGGUUAGCCCACUCCACAGAUGAGGGAGAUAUAGCAAAUGAUGGGUGUGUUCUUGGGUACAAAGAAACUUUCAGGAGGCUCAAGAAAAAAUCUGUCUGCAUAAAUGGAAGGGAUUACAUUGUAGAGAAAGAGCAGAACCCCUGUCUGUGCACCAAACUAGAUUACAUGUGUGAUUAUGGAUACUAUCGUCAAGAGAACAGUUCAGAGUGUGUUGAACAACCAGAUUUUAAGGACCGUCAACUUGAAUUCUGUUUACUAGGAAACGAAGAGCUGCUUAUGACAACAGGGUAUCGAAAGAUUCCUGGUGAUAAAUGUGCCGGUGGGUUUACACCUAAGAGGACUGAGGAGCAGGUGAAUAAAAGAUGUGGAACAGCAGAACAAAUUCAAACUUCAAAAUCUAAAGAGAUAACCAUUGUGUUUGCUGUCAGUGCUGUGAUUAUGAUGAUAGCAUUAGUCACAGGUGCAUUUCUAAUCAUCAGAAAGUAUGUGUGUGGAGGAAGGACCCUAGCAUAUUGCUAUUCUUCUCUACGAGAAGAUGAUGAUCGCUGUAUUGACGGUGAACUGGUGGCUAAUGAAACAAAUGCUGGAAGAGGGUUUCAUGAUGACUCUGAUGAAGAUCUCAUUGAAUGACUAUCAAAAACCAUGGAGUAAAGAGUCUGAAGAAGUUCUCCAGAGACUUUAAGCUGAAGCAAAACAUAGAUUUUCUUCUAAGACAGUGCCUAAAAGUUUUCUGUCUCAGGCUGUACUUUGUAAUGUGACUUAUUUUAUAUGUGAUUGUUGCUUUUAUUUACAGCAUAUUUGUUUUUUUUUAAUGCUUAAUAUAAUAUAAAAACAGGCAAAGGGGUGAAGUUUUUGAAACUUUUUUGCUGCUCAGAUAAAUAAUGAAGAUGAUUUUUUGCUAAAAGGCUUAUAUUUGUAGUUUGUAGUUGAAGCUGUGAUAUUUAUUGAUGUUUAAAAAGAAAACAAUGGUCCCUAUUUGUAAGUUGGUGCAAAGGCAAAGUCCAUUUCUAGAAAGGAAAAAGUGACCUUUAACAGUACAUAUAUGCAUAGCAUAAACUAGUCAGAAUAAUGUUUCAAGUUCUCCUUCCUGAGUUUAGUUUUUAUACAGUUGCAAUUUAGUUUAUUUUCCCCAAAAAAGUUGACCUUUGCUUAUGAUUUAAACUAGGUUUUGCUGUGCCUUUUAUGAAGUACUUAUUACUUACAAAGACGUUGAAGUGCAUUACUAUUUUUUUUUUUUUUAUGUAUUUUAUAUGAAAAUGUGCUUAAUGCAAAGCAGCAACUGAAUUAUAUAAACCAAAACUGUUUUAAAGUCAUCACUGGUAACACAGUGAAGCUGGUUCCUCAAGUAAAUUCUCAUGGUAUAUUGCAGUGCAUUUGGUAGCAUUUUUUGUUUAUUUUAAUAUGUACUUAAAUGUAAAAUGUGGUGAAUAAUGUGCAUAUAAGCAACAGAAUUGGAAGUACGCAUCAUACUUGGCAGGUGAUGUUUACUUUAUUAAGCACUAAGACUUAUUGCACAUAGUCUUACUUUUCACAAUAUUUGCACUUUUUUGUAAUGCUGUACAAUGUUGAUAAAACCAUUGUUGGCAAAUGAAUAUUGAAAUAUCUUUGCAAAAUACAGGGGCAAAUCUUAUUUUUUUAGUGUGAAAUGAGUUGCAUUUUGGAUGUACUUUGAAUUUUUCGUAAAGAUAGUAUCAUGUAACAGCUGUAAGAUGCAUGUUCCUUAAUCCACAGGAAAUUAUGUUAAUUGAUUCACAAAUAAAACAUCAACACAG